AUGGGAUUCGAAGCUAUGGUUCCAGAAUGGGCAUCGGAGCCUUGCAUAAUGGGAAUCGACGAAGCCGGAAGAGGUCCCGUUCUUGGUCCUAUGGUCUAUGGCUGUUUAUACUGUCCUCUCUCCUACAAGAAAACCCUGGCUACUUUGAGUUUCGCCGAUUCUAAGACUCUGAAGGAAGAGAAGAGGGAGGAAUUAUUUGAAGCUUUGAAAGGCAACGAUUCUAUUGGAUGGGCUGUUGAUGUCAUUGAUCCAAAGGAACUCUCUGCUAAAAUGCUCAAGAAGAAUAAGAUAAACUUGAAUGAGAUAUCACAUGACUCUGCUAUGGGCCUCGUUGAUAGGGUCCUCAAAAUCGGAGUGCUUCUAACCGAGGUUUAUAUUGAUACGGUCGGAGAUCCAGGGAAAUAUGAGGCAAAAAUGUCUAAAAAUUUCCCAUCUAUCAAAUUUGUGGUUGCUAAGAAAGCUGAUAGUCUUUAUCCUGUUGUCAGUGGUGCAAGUAUAGCUGCAAAGGUUACGAGGGACCGAGCUGUAAGAGAUUGGGUGCUCGAUGAGACUGCUGAUAAUAUACACAGGAACUUUGGUUCUGGAUAUCCUGCAGAUCCCGCAACCAAGUCUUGGCUAGAAAAUCACAAACAUUCUAUCUUCGGUUUUCCAACAUUGGUUCGGUUUAGUUGGGGAACUUGCAGCACUUAUUUUAAAAGUGGUGCUGAAGUUUUAUGGUCUUAAACCCUAACUAUUAAAGACUUUGUUUGUUCAAAAUUUCUCAAACCUCAAAGAAUUUUUGAACCUUUCAUUACUAGUAAGUUAUUUUUUUCCAUUCGGUAAUGUUAUU